UGACUUGUUGAUUUAACACUGAUAUUGCCAUUGUAAAAUCUCAGCCUCUCUACAUUUACUCUCUCAGUCCUUUGCUUCCUCAAAUUCAAAAGCUUUUUCUUAAAAAAUGCAUUCUUGAACCAUCUUUAAUUUCUUGUAACUUUUCCCUCUGUAAUUUGAUUUUUGUGAGGUGGGGUUUAUGGAGAUAUUAUCACCAGCUCCUUAUCUUUCAAAUUCAAGCUGGUUUCUUGAUGAGGAAAAGAGCACAAAAUGGACUCCAGCUGAGAAUAAGGCAUUUGAGAAUGCUCUUGCCUUUUUUGAUAAAGAUACACCAGAUAGAUGGCAAAGGGUAGCAGAAAUGGUUCCAGGGAAAACAGUUGUUGAUGUAAUUAGGCAAUAUAAGGAAUUAGAAGAUGAUGUGAGCAGGAUAGAAGCUGGAUUAAUUACUAUUCCUGGUUAUACUACUACUUCUUCUUCACCUUUUACAUUAGAAUGGGGGAAUAGUCAUAGUAGCUUUGAUGGAUACAAGCAGUCUUAUGUUGUUGGAGGCAAAAGAUCUUUGUCCAAUAGGCCUCCAGAACAAGAGAGGAAGAAGGGUAUUCCAUGGACAGAGGAAGAACACAAGUGAGUUUUUUUCUUCAUUAUUGUUUACUGUAUUUGUGUUCUGUGUGUACUUCUUUCACUGUGUUUUUUUUUAAUUGCAUGUUUGGCUUCUUUCUGUAUGGACCACCCUAUAAUUUUUCUUGUAUAGUUGUAUCCCUAUAAUAUCACACAGUUCAUUUAACAACUUGGCAAAACAUGUCAGGUAGUGGAAUAAUGAACCACCACCUAAAUAAUUAUAUGUGACAAGUUGACAAUAAUUCAGAGUGUUAGGAGUUCGAUUCAGUUGAACCCAUCAUUUUUAGCGCAGCUUAUAAAUAUAUAUUCCAUGUGAAAACCCCUGAAAAGUAGCAUAAAUAUUAAGUUUGGAUCCAUAUUUUUAACGAGUUCAGAAUCUUGAACCUAUUAAGUUUUCUGGUUGUUCUUCACUCUUGGGUGCUGAGAA